CAAUUACAUAUCUUUUAAUAUAUGUUAUACAUAAAGUGAUGUACAUGCAAAAACAGACACAAUAUAUUGAACAUAUGAUUUAGUGUGAACAUUGCUACCAUCAGGAAAGAGAUAUGACAUUGCAUAUUUUUUCUCGUGUAAGAAAAUAUCAAAAGUGCAUACACCAAAUAUUUGUCCAGUCAGUGAUAAGGAAAAUAAUGAGCAUGAUGCUUCCAUGCUAGACCGCAAAGCUACAUCCACUGUGUGUUGUGUGAGAUUACAUCUUCUUUGUCAGGACCGGUAACUGUUAAUGUAAUAAUGAAAUAUUCAUUUCUUAAAAAAUAUUAUAGCACAAAAAUUAUUUAAUGGGCAGAAAUGAUUUUCCGAUUUCCAUCAUUAUCGCAGAUGGGAGCUCUUUCCCUUGUGCAGUUUGCCUUCUUCGGUUUGCUACUCCUGUCUGGCCUUGGGCAUGCGUACAUAGAAGCGGAAACCAUUGACAAGGGCUUGUACAACUGUCUGGAAAUGGAGACAAGGAAUAUGACUGUCGAGGAUUAUCCUGCCGCUGGAAUAAUGCAUUCGUGUGUGCAGAGUUUUUUGGCAUCGACAACUCAUCUGAGAUAUCACUCCAAUAUCACUUCGGAGGAAGUGGCAUGGGUUAGCUCCCUUGUACGGAAGUACGCUUCCAAACGUCACAAGCGUCAAACUGGGGUACUUCGAAUCAGACAGGAAAUCAGACGACUUACAGAUCCCCAAAGAGUAGCUCUGUUUCAAGCAUUCAAUGUCCUUAAGCAGAAUGGGCGUUAUGACACUUUGGCAUCAUUUCACCAAAACAUGGCCAUCACCUCGGGACACAAUGGCCCAAACUUCCUCGGCUGGCACAGAGUCUACCUGCUUGCAUUAGAAGAAGCUCUGAUGGAGGUCAACCCAUCCGUGACCUUGCCAUACUGGGACUCUAGUAUCGACUUUGAUAUGAAUGAUCCCAUCCGUUCAAUAGUUUGGUCAUCUCAGUUCUUUGGUAAUGGUGACGGUGUGGUCAACACUGGCCCUUUCACGAACUGGGUUGUUGAGGGAGGUGGCCUGCUAACCAGAAACAUCGCUUCAUUUGGUACUUCAUUGAUGCAGAAACGUCUGAUCAACAACAUCAUCAACCCAAACAACAACAUUCGGUUUCACUGGCAGAUGAUCGUGUGGUACGGCCAACGACCAUGGCUUCGGCAGAACGUUCUUGAACGACAACACGACGGCGUGCACGCUUGGGUGGGUGGAUUGAUGAGAGGUUUGUCGACAUCGGCACAUGAUCCAGUUUUUUUCUUUCAUCAUUGUUUUAUUGAUUAUUUAUGGGAACAAUUUAGGCUAAAACAAAGAAAUUUGGGAAUAGAUUCGUCCAAUGACUACCUUCCAGAUUUUUACCUCAGAGACCGACCAGCUCACUUCAGGAAUCGUUUGAUGGAUGGAUUCCCUGACUACAGGAAUAUUGACGGUUACAGUGAUCGAUUUACGAGGGAUAUUUACGGAUACGAACGCAGCCCGGUAUGUCCAAAUUGUGGCUCCCCCUAUUUGUUCUGUGACGUCAGACGUGGAGUAUGCGUACCAGUCGAUCCUUCUGCUAUAGGUGAAGCGAGAGCUAGCUUCGGAGGGGUCUCAGUAGCAUCGCUCGCCGCACAGGCGCAGGGACCGCUCGCCCUUGGAGAAACGUUUACGUCAUCGUUUGCGGAUCCAAGGGCCAGGAACACUCCAUUGCCUGCAGGACCACGUGCUGAUGGAGCGGGAAGUGCCUUUGGGGCGUUUACUGAUGGUGGAACGGGGACCGCAACGAAUCUCGCCACGAGUCUUUUACGUACAUCAUCGGCAAGAGGCCAAGCCAACGCUAACGUAAGGACAGCAAUGAUGAGUGCCAUGAAUGGAAAUCAAGGUCAUUCGCAAGCUCAAACAUUCAGGGGACUCUUUAACAUAAACCAAGCAGCAAUGAGCCCCAUUCAACAUUUACGGGCUAGACAGGGCGUGUUACCUCGACAGGUACCUCAUAGUGCAAUGGGAACAUUUGCUCAAAAUGUCAUACAGGCAAAUGCCCAAAACAGAAUGCAAGCCAUGAACCAAAACGGUAUGCCAUCGAUGUCUCAAAACAGUAUACCAACAAUGUUUCAUAGCGGUAUACAAGCAAUGCCACACACCGGUACAUCACCGAUAUCGAAUCAGGCUGGGUUUGUCCCCCAUUAGGAAUAUGCCCCCACAGACAUUAGCGUUUCAGUCAAACUUUGGUUUUUCGUCCGCAAUCAAUCAAGGUAUUCAAAAUACGUUUACAUUAGAUGGAGUCUCCGACGUCAAUCGCUGGGCCUUCAUGCCGGUUAGAGUUGUGUAUCGUCGUCCGGAAGGAUUAACAUUUGACGGGAGAAAUGUCCGCCAGGGACAAAUCCAAGAUGGAUUUGACAUGUAUAACCCGACGAUAUAUAAUCAGAUGAAAAAGUACAUGCAUCGAGGAACACCGGCUACGUAUCCUAAGUGUCCUAAAUACAAAUCAGGAGCUGGAAAAAUAUUCAUUGAAACAAAUGGUAUAAACUAUGCUGGUACUUAUAAAGACUUUGCCAUGAUUGACGCCCGCCAGCCAGUAACGGAAUCAUAUACCUAUGUCGGUUUCAGAAACCCUUCUCUUGGACCAAGCAGGACAUUUGUACAUGCUUAUGAUUCAUACGGUCGAGUGUGCCAACCGAGAUGUAUGGUUCGUCAUUCCAACCCACCCCGAUACGUUCCCUGUUCAGGGGCGAUAACUGCAAACACCCGCACGCCUCGGAUGUAUGGCAAUACCUUUGGUGAGGCAGUUCUCGGUCGAUGGGAUUUCAAAUCAGAAUACUGUCCCCAGUCUUUUAACGGGGAAGUAUUCAUGACAUUUUACUGUGAUUAUGCUAACGGGUGGCCAUGGAGAGACUGUAACAAAAAUAUCAAAACACCUCUGAUAGUUCGGACUGACAAACCGUCUUUUCUCACAAAAGUCAUCGCAAAGGUGCAAAUAACGUGGAUAUAUUCAUAUAAUAAUGAUAAUUCAAAGGUUUUUUUAACCAUUCAAUCAAUAAAUCCAUAUCAAAUAAUACAAAGUAAACAGUAUAACCUUUCAUAUUAAUUCAUUUAGCUUUAUAACUAAAUUUUUUUUAAUUUUUUUUUUGGUUAUAGUAUUUUUAUUGGACAUGCAUGGUGGUUUACGAAAACUGUAAUUAUAACUCAAUACUGAUAAAACCGAGUACAAAAAACAAAAAAAAAAAAAAAACCGUACGACAUAUAAUAUAUAGAAAAGCAAUUAAAAUUACAAGGAAAAUAAGACCGCUUGUUUCUGAAUGUUAAGCGUCUUCGGCUUCUUUGCCAAAUUCAGGUAAUGACUAUUCUUUAAAGAUAUUUUAAAAGGUGGAACCCGAUAUCUCAAUGACCAUCGUAUACACUAAGUCUGAUUUCACACAAAGUAAUGAAAUACUUUCCGAUGAGAUCAUCGACAGAGAAAGAUGAUAAAACUUAUAGGGGAGAUGACUCUCCUUAAAGGGACAGAGAAAAGAAAACUACAAUGUGUAGUAUCAUUUCAAUUACCGUAAAAGUCAUAAUUUUUUUCUUCAAUAAUGUUAAAACAGGUUGUUUUUUUCAUUUAUGACAAAAUGAAUGUGGAAAAAAUGUCAAAAUUUCUAUAUGCUUUCAAAAUGAAAUAUUCCCGCAAAAUUACAUUCUUACAAAUAGAUUUUCAACUCCAAACGACAAAAUCCCUGUAACCAAUUAUCAUUUACAGAGAGCGGUUGUGCACUUUUUCAUUCUUAUUUUUGGGAGUCUUUUUUUCAAAAAGCAUGUUUUUUGUUUUGUUUUUUGCUUUCAAAAAUGUUGCAAAUGGUGAUAAAAUAUCACUAAUGUCAAUUUCGAUGACAAUCGGUUCAUUAUUUCCUGACCAUAUCGUAUCUCCUUAAGGGAAAUACAUUGAAUAUUAUUAGACCUGCUAUCAACCGCGCGAGAGAUGUUUCCUAGAAACUAGAAAUAUCAUGAUAGUCAAAUGGAAUAUAAUUAUGUUUUUUCUUAAAAUAAGGCUACAGAAAUGUCUGAAAAUAAUAAUAAAGUGUAUGUUUCUAAAGUUUUUAUGAAAUUACCUUUAUAUAAACAUUUUCCUAUUCUAACUUCAUUUCAGGAUCUUGGGAGCUUAUUUCCGUUUAAAACACAUAAUAUCAUGUCCCGUGGUUAAUUUCUGAUUGAAUCUUUUAUACAUAUGUCUAUUUCUGUAAAAAUGUCUUACUAUUCCUACCUUAAUUCUGGAACAACUCGUCAAUGAUAGUUAUAUAUUCAUCAAAGUGCAUCUUUCAAUAUCCCUUGGUAAUUUCUUUCGUGAUUAGUCGACAUCAAUCAAUGAAAUCGUAAUAUUACAGCAAUGCAAAAAAUGUCGAAUCAACUAGGACAUGUUGGUUCGAGAAACAGAGAUACUGCUAUGUAGAAAUGGAAAAUUAAACAAUGGAGACAUUCUAUGGAGUUCAUCUGGAACAGCUCGUUGAUAGCAACGAUUUCCUAUUUUUCAAUUGUAAAUUUUCAAUUUAUGCUAUAACGGUGAGUUGAAUAUAUUUAUUUUACACCAAAUACUACUUGUCCUGGUUGACGUAUAUCUCAUUAUGAUACAGAAGUCACAAUUUAAUAUCUGCUAACAUGUAUCCCGGGUGUAACUGGGAGACGGGAUGUUCUCGUGCGCUAUUACACUGCUAAACAUGUGUAAUAAUUAGGUGUCUUAUAGGUAAAUCUUACGAAUAAACAUGCUAAACUAAUAAAUCAGUGUUGUAAUUUCUCAGGGACCAUUAACCAGAACAGCAAGGUAUAUAAAUCAAAGACGUUCGAGUUCGUAUGUGUGAAUAGACUGAAUACACCACGUGUUAAAUUCGUACUGUUACCUCCAGUAUAUUUCGUAAUCAUGAAAAUCAUCAAAUAUAUCAUUCAUCAAAAUUUGGUAAGCUAUCUUUGCAGUAUUUCGUUAGAGACACUUUACGAUUCUAAACAAAAGAAAUAGUCUUCCUAUUGAAGUAUGUUACAUGUUUUACAGCAGUAGUUCUAACAUCCAAUGUAUUAUGUUAGAAAAUGUCUCUUAUCCAGAGGAAAUAUUGUUUCAACGGAAGCAUAUUGAGUACUUUAAAUACGUAAUCUUAGCAUAUAAUGUUUAAUGUUAGAAUUUGUAUUAAAUUGUUUGUUUCAUCAAUAAAAUAUAUUUCAAACAA